GACUCAGAAUGAACGAAGCAGAAAUGAUAUUUAGGCAUCAAAAUCGACACUGAGCAGAAACUAUGUUGCGUGUCAGUGCUGCUCUGAAGUGAAUUUGACAUCGUUGCCAGUUGUCAUCUGUUUUUCGUCUUUUCAAAAUUUAUUCCGCUUUCCUCUCUGACUCUCUCUCACCUUUUCUCUCUGGAUGUCUACAGGGAGAAACUGCAUUCCUUUCGCUCAAAGAAAAAGUUGUUCGAAAAAGAUUAUCGGGGAUUCAAAUGUUCUGACUUUUGUGAUGUCUAUCCAGAACUCCAUUUCGUCGCAGUGGCGUGUCUGACAAUGAGUUGUAAAGUGUGCAUUUGGUGUAUGUAAUUCCAGGUCCCGAGUUGGAGUGGAAAUAUUUUAGUUUACUUGUCUGUCAGUAGAUGGGGCUAUGGAAAGAUAAACAAUCGCCAUUGGUUAGUAAUAGUUAUACGUCACAUGCCCGUCGGUUCAAACCUGUUUAAAUAAAUUAAUAAAUUGAGACGUCACAACGUGUUCGCAGGAAAAAAACUUAUAACAGCAGUGGAUGUUACAAAACUUUUCAAUGUACCACCGAGGUCUACAUGCCUUGAAUACAGCAGCAGCGAAAAUUCUUCCAAAAUAAAUAGGCAACCGCGCGCGCGAAAAGCAGAAAAACUGUCAGUAGAGUCUGGAGAACUCGAUUUUUCUUCGUUUUUCUGACCAGUUCAGUGUCAGGGCUAAAAGCACGAGCUACUUACUUAUCGCUGCGCUGUCCAAGGUCGCGAAGGUAAUGUUUUCUGAGAGACGCAUCUUUUUAGAACCGAGCGGCGCCUUGAGCUCUUGUUUGGACAGCAUAUAAAACGGUGUCAGUGUCUGAUGAAAACGAUUCGUUAUACUUUUCUUCAGGGAGAAACUUCGUUCUGAACGAUGUGAGAACUUUUUAUUUUAUUAUUAUUGUUAUUGUUAUCAUUGUUCCCGGCGCUUGUUUUCAUUUCCCUCGGAGCAUCUGUCUAGUAGUAAGCGCAGAGUGCUGCUGUUGCGAACUUUUUGGGCAAGCUGUCAUAACUUUUGACAAUCGUGACAGUUGAAAAUAAAAGUGUGUUUGAUAAAGGAAAUUUCAUAGAACAGUUCUUCAGCAUCUAUAAAGUCUUUGCUAUCCGAUCCGGAGAAACAAUCAAUAAUAGAUUGUUUAUUAGAGCCACUGCAUCUGAAAAGGAAAGGUGAGAUAGAAUUCAUCAUUAAUUGUGAAAGAUCUCUGCCAUUUUCAUCCGUACAGUUAAAUAAAAAGUGACUUUAUGACAAAGAUACCCAUAAUUAUAUCCUAUUUACUCGAGAUGCUACCACUGAACAAUUUUUCUGGGAGUAAAUUUUCAGAAAAAUUUAAAAAUUCUUCGUUGAUUACUUAUAUUUCAUCAUCUAUAAAUCUCUCUAAUGGAACGGUGGAAGGUUCCACAAGGCAUCACCUGUAAAUCUUGUUUGAACACUCUUGACGAAAAAACUUCUCUUCCCACCUGCUGCAACAUGAUUACUCCUACUGGGCAUGGAACCCCCCUGAAAAAUCCUCAAAACUUAACCACUGGUUGCCACGGCAGUUUGCUCAUCAAAAACGGUCAUCCCAAGAGCCAUCUUAUCAAAGCUCAUCUCAACAAUGGUAAUUCCAAAAACGGCCACCACAUGGAGAAGAACGGUCAUCACCUGAACUUGGUUAAAGAAAGUCUGUGUUGCUUCAAACAGUCCGAGCCGUCACCUAAAAAACAUUUUGAGGAGACAUCUGAAGAUAAAAAUGGCUCAUGUGGACUGAUGUCCUGCAAGCCCCAGUGGAUGCAGAGGCUGGCAAACAAGAAGGUGUUUCUAGCAGUGUUUUGUUUAACUAGUGUUCUCCAGGGCAUGUACUAUACGUACUUUGUCAGUGUUUUGACUACAAUAGAAAAACUGUAUCAAAUUCAAAGCAAGACUACAGGCAUGAUUAUGUCCGCGACCGAGGUUGGUCAAAUUGGUGGUGCUCUUCUCUUAACUUAUUACGGCGGACAAGGCCAUAGACCAAAAUGGAUAGCAUGCGGCAUGCUCGUGUUCGCCGCUGCGUCCAUUUUUUGUGCCACACCUCACUUUUUGUAUAGUGAUGUCAUGAGUCCUAUGCGGUCUACCUCAAGUGCAGAAAAUUCAUCCGCCGUUGCUCUCAAAGAACUCAGGACUAAACUCUGCCAUAUCAAACCGACUUCCAUGAGAAUAACGCUACCUUUGCCAUUAGUUUCAUCCAAUUCUUCUCAAGAAGAUUUUGUAUCGUCUCUAGGUAAUUAUACGAAUGAUACUGCGAUAGAUCAAAAUCUUCAGCCAACAUUAAUGUACAACAGAUCCCAUCGUUCUGCGCAUGCAGAUGAUCCUCGUAUAUCCGCUUCCGGCAAUGGCCUGUCAACUCCCGCUAUGUCCCCCUCUAAAGAAGCUCUGUUCGGCAAGCAGGACCAGUGCGAGGAGAGAAACAGAGCCGGAUUGCACACAAGGACAACACAGACGGUCUUGAUCAUUUUCUUCGCCAGCCUCUUGCUCAUCGGAAUUGGCGCGACGGCAGUGUACACAUUGGGCAUUCCUUACAUAGACGACAAUGUAGCCACGAGGGAGUCCCCUCUUUAUUUCGGUAUCACUAUUGGUGUUCGUAUAUUUGGACCAGUGUUUGGAUUUUUACUCGGAUCCUUCUGUACUAGCAUUUAUGUUAACUUUCCAUUUGAAAACACGGAAAUCACCACCGACAACCCUCAGUGGCUCGGCGCAUGGUGGCUAGGUGUCCUGAUAGUCGGUGCAGCUUUAAUCCUGACAGCUUUCCCGAUGAUGGCUUUUCCCAAGCACUUGCCCAAACCCUGCUUUCAUCCACUUCAGCAGAAGAGCGUCAACCACAACGGGAACAAGAUUGCCAAGUCGAACGGGAACGGUCCGCCCCCUACAGCAAAUGGAACCGAUAAUAAUCAUUGUCAGUUGUGCCAACACACAUCUUACUACAACAACCACAAUCAGGAACUCACGAAACCGAGUCUGAAAGAUUUUCCAUCUGCGCUCAAGAGACUUUUAAAGAAUGAAAUCCUUCUGUACCGAACCGCCAGCAGUGUCCUGCACAUUCUGCCGAUUGCGGGACUUUACACUUUCUUGCCCAAAUACUUGGAAAGCCAGUUUCAACUCACCGCUGCUAUGGCUAAUAUGGUCUCAGGCAUCGCAGGAAUCCUGGUGAUGGGCAUCGGAAUUUUCGCCAGCGGAUCGUACAUGAGGAAAUUCAAGCCAAACGCUCGAUUCGUGGCGCGCUGGAUAGCGGCCUCUGCAGCUCUCUACGCCAUUGGAAUGCUCAUCCUCAUGAUAUUCGGAUGCCCUCUGAACAGCUAUGUGGGACUCAAUGCUGGAAGUGAAUAUGAGGAUAUAACUCAGAAAUCUUGUAAUGAAACUUGCAACUGCAAACCCGGGGAAUUCGCACCAAUCUGUACUAGUGAAGGAGUAACCUAUUUAUCACCUUGCUUAGCUGGAUGUACACAAGUGUAUGGCGCUUCUUAUGAAGAGUUUACCUAUAGAGACUGCCUCUGCUUGGGAGCUAAUGUAACUGCUACGAAUGGAUUUUGUCAACUGCAGUGCAACAAUUUACUUCCUUACAUCUUUGUAUUCGCCAUUUUCGUGCUGGUUCAUUCCACGUCGGAAGUGGGAUCGAUGCUGCUGACUUUGAGAUGCGUUGAACCUAAAGAUAAAGCUAUGGCAUUAGGACUUAUUGCUUUUGCUAUCGGAUUGUUCGGCAACGUUCCAUGUCCAAUCAUCUACGGCGCCGUCGUAGACUCUGCUUGUCUGUUCUGGGAGGACAACUGUGGGGAACCGGGAGCUUGUCGUCUGUAUGAUCCGUCCAAAUUCCGGGGAGUGUUCCACGGAGUGACGGCGGUCAUCAUGGCUCUGGCCUUCUGCGUCGACCUCGUCGUCUGCAAGAAGGCACAGUCCAUACAGUUCCAAGAAGACGACGAAGCCAUAGACGUCGAAGAAACGGUGCCUUUCAAUGAGACCAGCGCACAGUCCGAGAGCAGCGUGUGAUCUUCUUUAGUGAACAAAGUACCACUUACAGCACUAACUCACUGCGGCAAGCCAACUAACCUUCUGAAGGAUCUACAGAGGUAACAUGAUCCUCCAGAAAGAUUGGGCCACUUAAUAUUUUGCCGAAUAUCCUGGAAGAUCAUGGUGAAGAUUAUUGACUGUUCCGACUACCGAUUGCAUUCCAGAUAUUUAGCUUUUAGUCUCAAAAUGUCUGAAAUGCUGACUUGGUACAUUGCGAAAUUUUUAUCUUGUAACUGAAAUGGCCAAGUUGAAUGAAGCGAUUACUUAUAAAGGCAAUUCGAAUAGUAGAAGUCUUUUAGACGAUAAUUCCGUUAUGCCCACAUUCAAUGAGGCAGCUGUCAUUGUGCGACGCGAGCGUUAGAAAACAACCACAAAAAUAUUCCAUUUCAUUCGGUCUUGUAUAAACUUUCAUCUCACUCAAAAAAGAAAAAAAAAAUCACCUUUUUUUACCUCGUCUUUUUAUUUUUCUUUGUACUUACUUGAUUAAGACAGUUCAAGACAUUUCACUUGCUGUAAAUAAUACAUCAUUAUCAACAACAUUUUAUUUCCUUUUCUUCGUCUAUAAGCAUUUCGAACUUGCUGAUUGGCAUAUCUUGGCAGUUACCCCGCUUUGAUGUUAUCUUGAUAGUGAAUUAAUCUAAUGUGUUGAAUCUUUUGUGCUGCACUUUUUGCAUGGUGAAAUUAUUGAUGUUGAUUCGUACAGAUGGUGCUGAUGAUACAUUCAUAAACAUCAAAAAACUUUUUUGAUAUCAUCUCAUAAGCGCAAAAUCUUAUAAACAUAUCCAUGUUUUUUCGCCCUACUUCAUGUGUAAAGUAAGAUAUUAAUGAGAUGUAUGAAUGUUUUAACAAAAAAACAAUCUUGAACAAUAAUGGAUGAGUUUUAGCAUCUGCGAAGUAUUUGUAUAUAGUAGUACAUAAUUAUAUGAUAUAAAUAUAUAUAUAUAGUUGUGAUCAUGUGAUUUUAUAUUCAUGAUUUGUUACCAAUCAGGUUGUAAUUUAUCAGCCCUGAGCCAGGAUGUUUGUAGUUUUUAGACUUUGUUGAAAUGUCAUUAAUUUAAUGUUAUUUUUUAAUUUAUGUAUACACAGUGACACAUAUGUACACAUGCAUAGACAGUAUAGAUCAUACUAUAGAUUUUGUUUCUAAAAGUGAUGAAAAAUAAAACAGUCUAAUAAUCACGAAAUUAAAUAUUAGGAUUUGAAUAUAUUAAUUUAAGACACUCUAGGUUAUUUUAAAUUACAAUUUUGUUACUUCUGAUAGAUUUUAUAAUGUAAAACAUAAGAUUUAUAUUAUGUAUUUUUUAAAAUAAAAGUAUUAUUUGGAAAAAAAAAAUCGUAACAAAUAUCCAGUAAUUUGUUUCAACAAUCAAGAAAUUUCUAUAUGUAAAAUAAAAUAAAUCUAGUAAACUCUUGAUUAUCUGCAGGUGGAUUAUCCGUGGACAUUAAUCACAAAACAAAAUUGUUAAAAAAAAAUUCACAUUAAAAGUUUUUUUCAAUACAAGAAGUGACCAAUUUUUUUUUGUAAAAAAGUAAAUUAUUAAACUUAUAACUACAGAUUUUUAUUUAUUUAUUAAGUCAUAAGUGUAUGUCCAGCCCCUAUAAUCCUUUAUAAAUAAAAAUUGUUCCACAUUUUUGUGCUGAUUCGUUCCCUUUUUGUUGGCCAUUUUGCAGAUUAUCUACUAUUACCUUUCUAUCAAAUUUUAGGGAUAAUGAGGAGUUUACUAUAAUUACUUAAAUUUUGUUCAAAAAUGGCAUUAUUUAUCUUCAUAAUAAUGCAGUAUAAAUAUUAACUAAAAUCAACAUUUCUAUUAUUUGCUAUUCAUAAAUAAUUAUAAAUAUGUAAUGAAAAACAAUUAUGUUAUAAUUAUAUUAUUUAAAUGUCAAUAUUUUUAAGAAAAAUUUUGGGGAAUAAAAUUAUAAAAUAAUUUUAUUUUUGGAUAAAUUAUACUAAAAUGGGUCGUCUCGGUAUCAUUUUUAUGAAACAAAGUUAAAACUGCAAUAUGAAAUUUUUAAAAUAUUAUUUUAUGCUAUAAGUAAAACAUGUUCAAAUAUAAUAUGAUACACUCUUUCAAUAAUUUUUAUUCUUAGAAACAACAUAUAAAUUUUAGUUGAUAUUGUUUAAACAUUUAGACUUACUAAUGCCAAACAAUGCACAAAACAAACUUUUGUAAUAACAGUUUUUGGUUAACUUGUUGUUAUAUUUUAAUAAAUUAUGUUUCAUCUUAUUAUUGAUAUCUGAUAGUACAAAACAUCCUGGAUCCUACUGAUAAAUGUGUUCUUCAGUCAUUGUUUUAAAAUAUGAAAAUUUUGAGCCAUCUUUUUUUAUAUCAUUCAAUGGUUCCUACUUAGGCUCAAUUAGUUAAAAAAAGUACUGUUCUGUGCUAAUUACUCAGGUGUAAGGGUUUACUAGUUACUAAUUCUAUCAUGAUGACAGUACUUACUAUGAUGAUUAAUAUAUGUUCGUUGUACACUGUGUGCAUUUGAUUUCACUGAGUUGUGCACUAAUAUCUUACAAAUCCGCCAAAGGUUCAAAUGAAAUCUAUACACUUAGAAUAUAAAUUAGUUGAUUUCUGACUAGAUUCAAAAUAAGCUCAUAUCAGUGUACUUGCAGUUAUUUAUUUUAAUGUUAUUAAACUAUUUAUUAAGUUUUAUUGAAUCAAUAAUUUAUUAUGAACAUCCCUUUGUUAUGUGCAUGAAUUCAUUAUAAAUUUAUUCGUGGUUUACAUUGUAUGCAAUUGUAUGACUAUUAUUUUUAAAAAAUGAAUUAUGCACAGUACAAUUUGCAGCAUUUUUAAUGUUAGAUUUUUAAAAAAGAUUAAAACUUCGUUUUUUAGAUUUUAUACCUUAUAUGUUAAUAAAACAUGCAACUGAAUAAAUACAGUUGAUGCUUGUUACAAAUUUUAUAAAAUUCUCUUUACUUUCUGUAAAUAUUUCAUGUGCACAUGAGUGCAUACACACUGAACUGAUUUGUAAAAGGUUACCGAAUUAUUCUCUUCAAAAAAGUCUAUUAAUAUCCAAAAAUGAUUUUAUUUUUACUUUCAUAUGAAUUAUUUGUGAACUAGUAGUUGAGAAGAGAACAAAAUUUCCUUGUAUUAUAUUUUAUCAAUUUUUUUUAUGUAUUUGAUGAUGCAUUCUUCUCAAAUUUACUUAAUAAUUUUAUUGUAUGUAUUAUUUUUUUAUGUUCAGUUUAUUUAUCUUAUGUUAAUGAUAUUAUGCAAGUAGAUCUUUUGUUUCAUUUUAUCUUUAAAUGGAAUUUGUAUUUACUUUAAGUCUUAUUUACUGCAUAUUUUUAUUGGCAACAUAUUUAUCACACUUCUUUCUUUGUAUUAAUAAUUUAUCAAAUUUAAAGAUAACUUUAUUUUAUUUUUGUCUCUGUUUAUUUAAAAUUUGAUGGAUGCUCAAAAUUCUGAAAAACAAAUGGUAUCUAACAUAAAAAUCUUGUCAAGAUAAAGAAUUUCUUAAUAAGGUGUGCUUAUACUAUUUCUCCAUUUUGUUUUAAGUACAAAACAUUCUAUUUUACUUCUUACAAAGUGGGCAUCAUAUAAUGAUUAUUGAUAUCUUUUUACAAAAUCUAUGAUGUGUGCACAUUUUCUUUAAUAUUUGUUGUUCUUUUUAUAAAGUAACAUGAUAGAUUAAUGUCUGUUGAAACAUGUCGUUCGUUGAAUGUGAAACUUUUAAAUAUAUAAAUAUGACUUAAAUGAUCAAUCUUGCAUGUAAUCAUGACAUGCUUCAAUGCUUAAUGUGUUGCAUUUCCCUUUUUGUACAGAGCAUUUGUGCCAUGUAUUGUUGUGUUUCAUUUUCACAACAUUUUAUUACAGUUCAAAGGAGAGGCAUUUGUGAAAUUAAUUAGAAAACACAUAAAUUAAUUGAACUCUUGUGUGUUAUGAAAUCAAUAUUAAAAUUAAUUGUAACAGUUUAAGAAAAAUAGUAAAAUUCCAGCUGUUGGGGAAGAGGCAUUGAUUUUGUCUGCUAAAUUGAAAUAUUCAUAUUUAUUAUUCUUUCUAUUAAAGAUAGUAUUUAAAACUUACAUUAAUUAAAAAUAAAAUUAACUAAGUAAACUCCAUAACUAUUUAAAAAACUCUGAAAACAAAAGGGGGGGGGAGAGAAAAAAUUAUGAAGUAAUUAAAUUUUUUUUCCUUCAAAAAAUUAGUACAUAAAAUGAAAUUUUAAAUCAGAAAAUUAAAAAUGGAUUUGAUAUAACAAGAACCAUGUAAAUUCUACAAGGGAGGAAUCACAGGUGUCUCUUCUUUUUGUAAUCAUUCUAUGUGUUCAUUCACUUCACAACCACCUAUGUGUGGUUAACCUCUAUUUUUACAGAUUGUGGAACAAUCUUAGAAUGUUAUUUUGCUAUGUUGGUAUAUUAAUGUUACAUAUAUUUGAAAGCUUAAUUAUUCUGUUCUUUAUGCUUCCACAAUGAAUGCAUUUAAAGGAUUUAAUGAGCCAAAUAAAGGCUGAAAAAUA